GUCGUGGGGGGAGAGAGAAGGAGAAGCAGAAGAGAGAUAAACUGUAAAAGGGACGACGAGGAGGAGGAAGAAAAGGACUGCUAGGUGAAUUGUGAUUGGUACAGGUACGUGCGGUGCAUGUACGUGAAUAUAUAUAAAGGAGGAGGCGACCAUGGAUUCAGCGUCUUCGUCAUUGUCACCACCAUCCUCGCCACAUUCAAAGAAACAGAUGGAUCACGUUCACGGUCUGCUCAGGAUCAGGGUGAUCAGAGGCGUGGAUUUGGCCGUCAGGGACGUCAAAUCUAGUGAUCCUUAUGUUGUUGUCCGGAUGGGCAAGCAGAAACUGAAGACUCGUGUCAUAAAGCAGAAUGUCAAUCCAGAAUGGAAUGAAAAUUUGACGCUUUCAAUUUCUGAUCCCAUUUUGCCGGUCAAGAUUGAAGUAUUUGACAAGGAUACAUUCACUCCAGACGAUUCUAUGGGAUUUGCUGAAUUUGACAUCCACCCUUUUAUGGACGCAGUAAAAAUGCAUGACAAUGGUGUUCCAAGCAAACAAAUCUAUAAUAUAGUGACACCAAAUAGGCAAAAUUCAUUGGCUGAGGAAAGCUGCAUAAAAUGUGUAGAAGGGAAGAUUGUCCAAGAUCUGUGCCUCAGGCUGAAAAAUGUCGAGUGCGGAGAAGUUGAGUUGCAAUUAGAGUGGAUCCCAAUCAAGAAGUCCAAGCAAUAAGAGAUGCUAUUGUGUUGUUACUAGAUGUUUUUGAUUCCUGAGCAUAAACUUUCAUCAUAUGAAAGGAACUGCUUGUGAACCUGUUAUGCCCCAAAUACUCCACAUGUUUUUGGAGACUAUGAUUGUAAAUUGAUGCAACAUCUGCUUAGAGUUAUAGAAUACUUAUAACUGUUGUAUGGAAUAAAGGAAUGUGUUUAUGCCAA